GCAGCGCGGGGGCGCGGCCGGCAGCGCGGGGAAGAUGGCGGACACGGAGAGCGGCGUGGGGAAGCGGCCCCGGGGCGCGCAGGUUGAGGACAGGAAGGUGGACUGGCGGCGCUGGAAGCAGGAGAGGAAAGCAGAGACGAAGAAAUGGAAGGAGAUUAAACUGCUGAAGAAACUGGACAAACAGCGGAUGCGAGAGCUGGCAGAACAAGAAGCCCAGGCGCAGGAGGAGCAGAAGGAAGACAGAGGGCGGCCGCACACGCUGAGCGUGGCCCUGCCCGGCUCCAUCCUGAACAACGCGCAGUCCCCGGCGCUGCGCUCGUACCUGGCCGGACAGAUCGCCCGCGCCUGCGCCAUCUUCUGCGUGGACGAGAUCGUGGUGUUCGACGAGCACGGAGAGGACGUCAAGAGCGUGGAGGGGGAUUUUGAAGGAAUUGGGAAGAAAGGCAAGGCUUGUGUGCAGCUGGCUCGGAUCCUGCAGUACUUGGAGUGCCCUCAGUACUUGAGGAAAUCCUUCUUUCCAAAACACGAGGACCUGCAGUUUGCAGGGCUGCUGAACCCCCUGGACAGCCCCCACCACAUGCGGAUGGACGAGGACUCGGAGUACCGGGAGGGCGUCGUGCUGGACCGGCCCACCAAGCCAGGCAGAGGCUCCUUUGUGAACUGUGGGAUGAGGAAGGAGGUGCAGAUUGACAAACAGCUGAACCCUGGUCUGCGAGUCACCGUGCGCCUGAAGGAGCCCCAGAAUCCAGAGGCCAAAGUGAGGAAAGGCACCGUGGUGUCCUCACAGCACCCCCGGGCAGUCUCAGGCUUGUACUGGGGUUACAGCGUCCGCCUGGCCUCCUGCCUGAGUGCUGUCUUUUCCGAGUGCCCAUUCAAGGAAGGUUAUGAUCUCUCCAUUGGCACCUCAGAGCGGGGCAGCUCCGUGGACCAGGUCACUCUGCCCUCCUUCAGGCAUGCCCUUGUUGUCUUUGGAGGCCUUGAGGGCUUGGAAGCUGGGGUUGAUGUGGACCCAAACCUGGAGGUCACCGACCCAAGCGUCUUGUUUGACUUCUACCUGAACACGUGUCCCAGCCAAGGCAGCAGAACCAUCCGGACUGAGGAGGCACUGCUGAUCUCUCUGUCUGCGCUGAGACCACACAUUGAGGAGGCUGUGAAGACACCCAAAGACACCUGAGGGAAGGGAAACCACUGACCUUGCCCUUGGGGAGGCAGGUCUUCAAAUGUGGGGUGCUGGGCUGGUCACUCCAGGAGCCUGGAGGGACCCAGGCAUAGUGUGACUGGAGCUGGCAGUGCUGCCCAGCUGUGCAGACCCAGGGCCGGACCAGCAUUGGAGCUGUAACACCUCAGCCCUGGAAGGGCAAAGGUGACCAAGAUCAAAGAGAGACUCCUUUGAAUACAGUGGUCUUAUGGGUGAGACAAUGGUCUCACCCAUAAGCAUUUGCAGGCUCAUGUUAAACCCACAGGUUAUAUAUAUAUAUGUAUAUAUAUGUAUAUAUAUAUAUAUAUAUAUAUAUAUAUAUAUAUCACCCAGUCCAACUGCCCUUUUUUCUUUAGAUGGACUCCCUCUACAAGUUCUCCUGUCUCCUAUUGGUGCUGGUUUGUUGCAGUGCCCUGCCCCUGUUGCCUCAUUGGUUCCCCAGUUGGCUGCCCCUCCUCUACACCAUUUAUACUCAGUUCCCAUUGGCCCUUAACCCACGAUCCAUCCCUUUUUCCCCUUAUAAACCACCGUGUCCUCAGCCCCAUUUGGUCUCUGGACUGUCCCUGGACUCUCAACAUUGCAAUAAACUGUGUUUGCAGCUCUGUC